AUUUCACCAUACAAUGAAGUGAACAUGUUCAACCUUAACCAAUCCAAGUUUCAUAUAACAGUACUCUUUAUAUAUAGCAGUAUUCUUUUCAAAGAAGAAACACAAUCUACAAUACAUAAUCGCAUAGAGAAGUAACAAUAAAAGAAGAACAACAUGAACGGGCAAGAAGAAGAAGAAGGAAAAAAGAAAAUAAAAGAAAUUUUGAAGAGUGGACUGGACGACCUGGUUAACGUGAAUUCACUGUUGAGCAUAGCGGUAUUCGUGGGACUAUCGUACGCGACGCCAGGCCAACGCAGCCUGGAGAACCGACCAGAGUGCGACGCGGAGCCCCGACAGGCCGAGAACCUCGUGGUACUAGAAGUCGUGGCGUUCAGUUUCUUCCUCUUCUCAAGCCUCGUUGCAAAGUCAUUGAAAGUUAAUUUCCAAAUUUACGGCGAUGGAAACUUUGAGAUCGAUGAAAAGACAGGACGAGGACGUCUGAAGUGGUGGAAAUGGGUGUUCCUCAGCUUGUCCGUGUUGGCGUCGUUCUUGGGUUGUUUUUUCUUAAUGCUUUCGAUGUUUUAUCUGAUUCAGAUAAGGUUGGGAAGGGUGUCUUGCAAGAGCCCAUACACACAAGGAGCAGCUCUAUUGAUGACUGUUAUUGUUUGUGUUGGUAUGCUCAUCUAUCUACCUCUAGUCGUCGCUGCUCUACAUAAGGCUUUGCAUUUGAAAUUUAAAUCAGGAGAAAGACAACAACAAAGCUAGGCUGGCUGGCUGUCUGGGCUACUAGUAGUACCCAAAUUGUUAUACCUUGCUGUCUAUGUUGCUGGAAAGAGUACUGUACUUUUUGUGUUUUGUUUGUCUAAUUAAUGUAUUUUAAUUUUCGAAAUACAUUUUGUUUUUUCA